UACGCGGGCCGGGACUGGGGUAGGGCUGGGGUCUGCGGCUUCGGAGAGCCCGGAGGCGAGAGCCGGGAGCGGGGGCGCCCCGGCGGCGGGCGGCGCGGAGCUGGCUCUGCCCGAGCAGCGGCCCGGGGCGCGCGCCAGGGAGUUCGGCGGAUCUUAGGUCCCGGGUCCUCGAGGCGUGGGGUCUGCGGCGGGGGCGGUGCCGGGCCAACCAUGAGCUCUCAGCCGCCCCCCCGCCGCGGCUUUUACCGCCAGGAGGUGACCAAGACCGCCUGGGAGGUGCGCGCCGUGUACCAGGACCUGCAGCCCGUCGGUUCGGGCGCCUAUGGCGCCGUAUGCUCGGCGGUGGACAGCCGCACAGGCGUCAAGGUGGCCAUCAAGAAGCUCUACCGGCCCUUCCAGUCCGAGCUGUUCGCCAAGCGCGCUUACCGCGAGCUGCGUCUGCUCAAGCACAUGCGCCACGAGAAUGUGAUUGGGUUGCUGGAUGUCUUCACACCCGAUGAGACCCUGGAUGCUUUCACAGACUUUUACCUGGUGAUGCCGUUCAUGGGUACCGACCUGGGCAAGCUCAUGAAGCAUGAGAAGCUGAGCGAGGACCGGAUCCAGUUCCUUGCCUACCAGAUGCUGAAGGGGCUGAAGUACAUCCACGAUGCUGGCAUCAUCCACAGGGACCUGAAGCCUGGCAACCUGGCAGUGAAUGAGGACUGUGAACUGAAGAUCCUGGACUUCGGCUUGGCCAGGCAGGCAGACAGCGAGAUGACUGGAUAUGUGGUGACCCGGUGGUACAGGGCGCCCGAGGUCAUCUUGAAUUGGAUGCACUACACACAGACGGUGGACAUCUGGUCAGUGGGCUGCAUCAUGGCAGAGAUGAUCACAGGGAAGACACUCUUCAAAGGCAACGACCACCUGGACCAGCUGAAGGAGAUCAUGAAGGUGACGGGGACGCCCCCUGCCGAGUUUGUGCAGAGGCUGCAGAGCGAUGAGGCUAAGAAUUAUAUGAAGGGCCUCCCUGAGCUGGAGAAGAAGGAUUUUGCCUCCAUCCUGACCAAUGCGAGCCCUCUGGCCGUGAACCUCCUGGAGAAAAUGCUGGUGCUAGAUGCAGAGCGGCGGGUGACGGCAGCCGAGGCGCUGGCCCACCCCUACUUUGAGGCCCUGCAGGACACGGAGGACGAGCCCAAGGCCCAGAAGUACGAUGAGUCCUUUGAUGACGUGGACCGCACACUGGAUGAGUGGAAGCACUGCUCAGAGGGGAGACAGAGCAGGCUCCCCACCCUUCCUGUGGGACGGCUCACUCUGGGAACACAGUUCAGGGAACAUGACCGCAGGCGAGGAAGGUGGAUGUUGCAGGUGACACGUAUAAAGAGGUGCUCAGCUUCAAGCCUCCUCGGCAGCUGGGGGCCAAGGUCUCCAAGGAGACAGCCCUUUGAAGACCCCUGGGCCCUGGCUGGGGCUUCCGCCUGGAACGGAGAUCCUGUUUGCCACCAUGACCGUGACCAUGACCAUGUUGGAACUUACAUCCCAGGAGCCUCCUGGUUCCAUGGAACCCCUCCUGCAAGCCUGCCACCUCUCUCAGGUCCCAUCUCAACUUGCUGCGGAGGAGUGUCUGGGUUUUCUGGACAGGAUGCCUGCUCUGACCCCUGAGUCGUGGUUCCUCCCCCAGGGUGCAGCGAGAAGCCUAGAGCCUGUGGGGCAGGAUGGGUUUUGGGGUCAAGGCGAGGCCCCUGACCCUGCCUGUGCUGGACUGUGCUGAGGCCCAGCUUGGGCAGGGAGGGUGUGGGGUGCUGACUCAGGCAUGUGUCUCCUGGGGGCAUUGGUGUGGACGCUCCUGCACCCCAGCCUGGAAUGUAAAUUGGCCACGUGAUAUGGCCACCUGGCUUGAAGGAACUAAACCUUUUUGUAGAGCUCCCA